AUGGCGGCGGCGAUGGCCGUGGUGGUGGAGGUGGAGAUGGUGGCAUCUCUGCUCCUCCUCCCCGCCAACCUCCCCCUGCUGCUCCUGGUACUCUCCCUGGUGCUCCUAUCGCCGCCACCGCUGCUGCUGCUGCUGCCUGCAGUACGGGCCGAUCUGACGCGCUAUUACGGCAAUACCACGUACCCGUUGAACGAGCAGCUGUCGUACUGCGAGACGUUAGGGGAGCUGUACGAUGGUAUCGGAGCGGAUCUUCGGCUGUGGAAUAACUCAGAAGGUAUCUCGCGAGAAGCCCUGAACCUCGCGAUCUCGCGAUACACUACCCGCGGCCAGCAGAAAGGCAUGGCACUCGCGUUUUAUGAUGGCGUGCCGUACGUAGUGGACGAGCCAAAGUUAACAGGGCUGGGCCACCAUGUCAACAUCUUGUUCACGUACAUGCUCGUCAUGCUGGAUCUAGCGAGACAGUACGGCAACCAGAUUCCGGAUAUCGAAUUUGUAAUCGCCAGCUCGGAUCGGCCGCUGGUGCUGACGGCGGCGCAGCAGCCGGGCCCUAUCCCCCCGGUCAUGCGGUUCUGCUCCUCGGACGAGCACGCGGAAAUCAAGAUUCCAAUCUUCCACUUCUACACUAAGAAAUACACACAGAAGUACCUGGCUGGCUGUGAGGAGCUGGCAGCUAAGCAUCCCUGGGCGGACCGACAGCCCAUUGUGUUUGGACGGUUUUCCAAGUACUAUCGUUACAUCCACCCCUUGGCCAACAGCACUCUGCGGGUGGGGGCCCGUAACUCGACCAUUUGCCGUCAGGAGUCCUUGUUGACGCAGACGUGUGCCGUACGAUCUCACUUCAUGGAGUGGGCAGCUCGCCGCCACCCCGCCCUUCUGGACGUGAAGAGCGGCCCCCGGGUCAGCCUGGAGAAGCACGCCGAGUUCAAGUACCUGCUGCAUCACUACAUCCCCGUGUGGAAGGCGGGGGGCGGCCCUGAGGACGUGUUAGAGGCUGUGAAGUGGGCCUCGCUCAAUGACAAGGAGGCCGAGCGGAUGGCCGCAGCCGCCCAGGCAGUGGCUCUCAAGUACUUGAACAAGAGGGCGAGGUCGUGCUACUGGCUGAAGCUGUUCCAGGCCUACGCCUCCCUCCAGCGCUUCCCUGCCACUCCGGCGAACAAGACCUACUUGCGGAGUGUGGAGCAGUACUUGGAGACUGUGGGGAGGAAGUUUGAGGGCGGGCAGCAACUGCACAAAAUUGAAUACUGA